AUGUCCAUUUACAGUUGCAAGGUAUGGGGCUGGCAACCAUAUCAAAACCUCAGAACAGAUCAAAGUACUAAUAGUACUUCAACCUCGGCAAACCCCGAGUUCUUGAUCGAUGUUUUCGCGACAUACGUCACGGUAGACGAUGCCGAUCCGUCAAUCUUUACGAGCCUUCACAGGAGAAAUUUCCAGUUCAUGGCUCAAAGACAAGUUCUCAUAGAUAACGCCACUUCAUGGUCGACCAUAUCCGGCAUGCUUUCUCACAUGCUGGUUCCUUUCCACGCCCAGCCGUCCAUGAUCCAGAAGAUCUCAACUUCCGCCGCGUCGUCCUGCGCCGCGACGCGAGUGUUAAGGAGGGCGAGUAUUGAAGGAUAUUGUGCGAUAUGUCUAGAAGAGAUUUUGUUAGAGUGUGAAGCUUCUCGGUUGCCUUGUUUGCACUUUUAUCAUGAACGUUGCAUUUUGCGUUGGCUUGAGAAGAGUAAUGUUUGCCCAUUGUGCCGAUUUGAGCUGCAUUUGGAUUAA